UUGAGAGCCUUGCCAAGUCCUCCGGUGGCACACAUUUUGCACGACGUCAGCCUGGGCUGACCACACCAUCAAGACACCAUCGAGACGUAAGACGCGGAGGGGGAAAAACCCGCAAGCAGUUGGGGACACACGACAGAUCCAAGGAAAAGCCAUGGAUUUGAACAUCUGGAUGAAGGGAUCCAGUCUUCUCCUGCUGCACCUUCUUCUGCUAUCAUUAUUGGGCAGCAUUCAUGCCGAUCUCCCCUAUCCUCCUACUGCCACCCCACUGUUUGAGGGAUACCCUUACGGUGUCAUAUGGAACAUGCCAACUCCUGUUUGCCAGCAGAACAACAUCCCCCUGGACACCUCGCCAUUUCAGGUCGUUACCACCCCUGAAGCUGUUCCUGACCAGUUCCUCUUCCUGUUCUAUACCAACCGCCUGGGGUUGUACCCAUUUGUGGAUGAGGCAACUAAUAAGGAGAUCAAUGGAGGCAUCCCACAGAAGGGCAACCUGACGGCCAGCUUGGAUGUCGCCCAGUGGGACAUCACUCAAUAUAUUCCUUCAGGAACCUCCACUGGUCUGGCCGUCAUUGACUGGGAGGCCUGGCGCCCCCUGUGGGACACAAACUUUAAUUCUAAGACUAUCUACCGCACGCUGUCUAUUGACUAUGCCCAUCAGCUUCACCCCUCACUUUCCCCAUCUCAAGCUGAGCCUGUGGCCAAGGAGCAGUUCCAGACAGCUGCUAGAAACUUCAUGGAGGACACAAUGAGUCUAGGGAUCAGUAUGAGGCCCAGUUACCUCUGGGGCUUCUAUCUCUUCCCUGAUUGUUACAAUGAUGUCUGGGAAGAGGCUGACUACACAGGUAUGUGCCCAACAUGGGCGCAGGCAGAGAACGACCAGCUCCUGUGGCUGUGGCAGACGAGCACGGCCCUCUACCCAUCCGUCUACCUGCAGACUAGUCUGGCCAACACCCACAAGGCCGCUCUGUACGUCCGCAACCAAGUUCAUGAGGCCAUGAGGGUGGCCAGCCUGCCUAAGCACCCCUUCAAUGUCCCCAUCUACGUCUACACCCGUCCUGUCUUUACCGAUCAAGCCAACAAAUUCUUGAGUGUGGAGGACCUGGUCCACACUCUGGGUGAGAAUGCGGCUGUAGGGGCCUCGGGUUCAGUGCUCUGGGGGGGCACUACGGACUUUGAUGACAAGGUGUCAUGUGAGGCCUUAUCCUCCUACCUGAACUCCACCCUGAACCCCUACAUCGCCAAUGUGACGGCAGCUUCCUGGCUCUGCAGCGAGUCACUCUGCCAGGGUAACGGGCGCUGCAUCCGGAAGGACUACAACUCUGAUGUCUACCUGCACCUGAAUCCUGAUAGCUUCUCUGUCCGAAAAUCCAACGGGAAGUACGUGGCGGAGGGCAUUCCCACCCUCUCUGACCUCACCUACUUCUCCGAUCACUUCACCUGCCAGUGCUACGCUGGGUUGAGCUGCUCGCCGCAGAUUGCGAGCGAGCUCUCCAUCGAACCCGUGGCCAUUCCUGUGUAACAUGGCCCUUCAGUAUGCUGUAGGCUCACUGCCCUUUAAAAAUGUUUGAUCAUCCUGCUGAUUCAUUUCUUCAUUUCCUGUUUCCUGUUUUGUGAAGCAUUUGUUUCCUUUUUUGCGUAUUAAGUUCGGAAUUGGGGGAGGCCAGAUACAGCGGGUGAAGGGUUGGGUUAUGCCCUCCCCAGGUUCUUGACAAGCCCCCUCAGUAACUAAUAACUCAGCACCUCUGGUAACUAAUCAUUUAAUCCCACUCUUAAUUUUUACCCCAAAUGGUUUCUGAUUGGCUGUUUGGGAAGAAUAAAAUUCAGGAACAAGCCAAUCGUCACUGUCACUCUGUGUGUACUGCCACCGUGGUUGUGAACGUGUCACUUGUCAAGUGCUUCUGAAUUAAUUAGCUUGGUUACUCAAGGAGACCCAUUAUAGCUAAAUCUAUAGUGUUGUCUGAUUUUGUCAUAAUCCAUCUUUUGGUUUGGGGGGAUGGCAGGUAAAAGUGACUGUAUGACUCCCAGAAAUGUUCACUGAUCCCCCAGUCAAUGCAGGCAUCAUCCAGCCCUGCCUGAAACUUUAAGGAAAGACUUGUUUAGUUGAUCUUCAAACUUUUCUAUCAAUAAAGCCUUUUCUUUAAUUGGAA